AUGUUUAGGGAGAUCCGGAAAUCAAUCAUCCAGCGUUCGGCGGUUCUGGUCCUCAUCGCACCGCCGCACUGGCAUCGCGGAGAACCAGGCCUCUUCCCUUCUCCAAAAGACAUAUUUCUCAGGAAAUCGUUUCCCACCAACCAAACCUCCGCAAACCCGGCCGGUUCAACCGAAACAGUGACUUCCGAGUCAAUUGCGACACAAAAUACCCCCGAUGAACUCCCACACCGACGGAGGAAACGAUUGAAGGAGGAUGGCUCUGGAAAUGGCCAAGCAGAACCCGUCAUACCACCCGAUGCGUCCGCGCAAUUGUCGAACCUAUCGUCCGCCCUCCCCAUCACCUCUCUCAGGCGAAAGCUGGCUGCCUACUUUGCCCUAACUAAACCUCGACUAUCCUUCCUCAUUGUUCUCAGCACUACUUCUGCAUACGGAAUGUACCCGAUCUCCUCUCUCCUCACCCUCGACCCAGCCAUGACUCCACUCCCGACACUCUCAACCUCGACUUUGACCUUUAUAUACUUGACAGCUGGCACAUUUCUAUCAUGCUGUAGCGCCAACACGUUGAACAUGAUGUUUGAGCCGAAAUAUGACGCAUUGAUGUCGCGCACGCGGAAUCGCCCCUUAGUCCGCGGGCUGGUCUCGCCUCGUGGAGCUCUGCUCUUUGCAAUUGCAACCGCCGCAACAGGGUUGGGUCUGCUUUAUAUUGGAACUAACCCGACGACCACCGCUCUUUCUGCCGCCAACAUUUUCCUUUAUGCGUUCGUCUAUACCCCGCUUAAGCGAAUCCAUGUCAUCAACACCUGGGUCGGUGCCGUCGUUGGUGGUAUUCCACCUCUGAUGGGUUGGGUUGCAGCGGCAGGCCAGACCGCGACAACUGGGCAUGACACAUGGCGCGACAUGCUGUUCAGUGAAGACAGCAUUGGUGGAUGGUUGCUCGGAGCUAUCCUUUUUGCUUGGCAAUUUCCCCACUUCAACGCUCUAUCCCACACCAUUCGUGAUGAAUACAAGGCUGCCGGCUAUCGAAUGCUCGCCUGGGUGAAUCCCGCCCAGAAUGCGCGCGUCGCCCUCCGCUACUCUAUCUUCAUGUUCCCCAUUUCCAUUGGCCUGUGGUGGGUCGGCGUUGUUGGCCACGGCUUCCUUGUUGGAAGUACGUUCGCCAACGGCUGGCUCGUUCGUGAAGCAUAUGGUUUCUGGAAGCACCAGGGUGCCCAGGGAACUGCGCGUGGUCUUUUCUGGGCCAGCAUUUGGCAACUCCCCAUUCUCCUUGUUGGUGGCCUUGUAACCAAGAAGGGAUUGUGGGAUGGUGUUUGGCGGAAUAUUUUUGGCCAACCGGAAGAGGAAGAUGAUGAGUAUGUGUAUUAUGAUGAGGAGGAAGAGAGCGCAGUAGAGGCUGCCGAUAAACCCCAUUCGACGUCGAGUCGGGAAAGCACUUUAUCCACUGCGUAG